AUGCCACGGCUUUGGAUGAAAUUGACAGUCGCUAAAUUGGCCAUUUGUUUACGUUUAGUGUUGGAAGUAACAAUUGGAGUUGAAGUAAUGAUGAGGGCACCUGGGGAAGUUGCAUUGCAUUCUAAACAAUUAAUUGAUGACAAUGACAACAGUAAAUGUGAUGCGGCAGCAAAUGAUUGA